AUGCCCGUCGGACACGAUCUACCAUCAUGUACCAAUCAGGUGGUAGCAUCCGAGACCUUCACUAUUGAUGGACAAGAGAUGGUACUCUUCGAUACUCCUGGGUUCGACGAUACGACCAUAUCGGACGCAGACACACUAAAACGAAUCGCUGAGUUUCUUGAGACGAUGUAUCGCCGAGGUAUUAAAUUGAAAGGAAUAGUUUACCUUCACAGGAUCACCGACAUGCGUAUGACGGGAGCUUCUGCACGGACGUAUCGACUUCUGCGCAGUCUGUGUGGCUCGAAAAAUCUUGCGAAUGUUGUGAUUGUCACAAACAUGUGGUCCGACCCUCCCACUGAAGACGAAAUUCUACGUGAGCAGCAGCUGCGGUCUAAUUUUUUCAAGUCGGCACUGGAAGAUGGCGCCCAACUGUUGCGCCGUGAGCAUCUUGGUCAAACAUCGGCCCAUGAAGUCCUAAGAACCUUACUACCAAAGGCUGCAAUGCAUCCACAGCUCCCAGUAGAGUUGAGCGAGGGUAUACCCUUGCAGGAUACCGAAGCUGGGCGCAUUGUCAGAGCAGAAAUCGAGGCCAAAUUAUCCAAGCAAGAUGAGGAACUCCAAGAAUUGCGAGAUGAGAUCCGAGCUAUGGUUGUAGACAGAAAUUUGAAAGCGGAGAGAGAAUUGGAUGAGUAUCGUGGACGGAAGGAGAGGGAGAUGUCGCUGCUUCGACAACAGCUCGCCUCACUUACCGUAGAAAUUGAGGAAGGGAGAAAGUUCUGGGAGGGCCAAUUUGAAGACAUGCGAACGCGGCGCAUACAAGCGAUGCGAUUAGCUGAAGAACAAAUUCUGUUAGAUACACCAGGGUUCGAUGAUGAGGAAAUUUCCGACGUUGGAACUUUGAAGCGAAUUGCCGGCUAUCUCAGUGCAAAUUACGAUCAAGGUCAAAUACUUUCCGGAAUCAUUUACCUCCACCGUAUCACCGAUAACAGGAUGGGAGGAGCAAAUGCUAGAACCUUCAACCUAUUUCGGAAAAUGUGUGGCACCCAGACCCUGAAGAACGUCAUAAUUGCAACAAAUAUGUGGUCCAAUCCACCGACCGAUACUCAGGCGAGGCGAGAACAGCAAUUAGAGACUGAUUUUUUCAAGGAAGCACUGGACGGCGGGGCCCGUAUGUUUCGUCGUGAGACUCAAGGCCGCGAGUCUGCGCACCGGAUUAUUCGGCAACUGAUCGGACAAGCGCCAUUACCAAUGCGUAUCGACGUUGAAACCGUCGAUGAAAACAGGGCUCUCCAUGAGACAGAAGCUGGACAGGCCAUCGAGGUUCGAUUAUUGGAACGCGUCAACCAACAGCAGGAGGCCAUUGAAGAAGCACGUAGGGAACUUGCCCAUGCAAAUCUGGAGGGGGCCCGAGCAGCAGCUAAUAUCCGGGCCGAGGUCGAGAGAGAAGAGAGGGAAAUGGCGGAGCUGAGGCAGCAGAUUGAUUCACUAAGACGAGGUAUGGAAGAGGAGCGACGGGAUUACUGGAGGCGACUUGAAGCGGAGAGAGCACAGUUUGCGGAGGACCAAGGAACACGGAGACGAUUGGGAUUCAGAAGGAAACUAAGAGAGUUCUUGGGGCUUGGCCAGAAGCGGAACGCAUAUUGA